AUGACUGAUGUCAAAUUCUUCUUCUUCCCCGGUGCCUGCUCCCUAGCACCACAUAUCCUCCUGCACGAAGCUGGCAUCGACUUCACACCAUUGAAGGUAGAGAGAAAUGGAACUGAAGUGGUAUUCCCGCAAGAGUACCGCGAUGUGAAUCCUAAGAUGCGGGUGCCAGUUAUCGUUGUCGGCGAUGAAGUCAUCACCGAGCUUCCUGCCGUCUGCGCCAUCAUAUCCCAGCUCUCGAAAGAGAAGAAGUUUAUGGGACGAACACCACUUGACACCGUCCGAGUAUACGAGUGGCUCAACUACCUCUCGGGAACCGUCCAUGCGAGUGCAUUCGGGCACCUGUUUCGCCCAUGGAGAUGGACGACGUCGGACGAUCUUGAAAUCCACAACGUAAUCAAGGAGAAGGCUAGAGAGAACAUCACUGUGUCCUUUGAAUACAUAGAGAGCCGGUUGAGAGAUGGGAUAGUGUAUGCAGUAGGACAUGACCUUACUGCAGUCGAUGCAUUUUUGUAUGCCAUGUACCGGUGGGCCAAGUCGAGUGGUCUUGUCUUGACGCCUUAUCCAAAGUAUGCACGACUCGUGGAGAACAUUGAGAAGAGGGAGACGAUGAAAGUUACGUUGGAGAAAGAGGGAUUGGACAAUAUUUCCCUGUAA